GCCGUUGGGUUCAUUUUUCAGUCAAUCAGCAAACGGGGCAGCUAUUCGAGAGCUAAGAAGCAGACUCACUACUGAUAUUACACCAUGUGCCAGAUUGUCAGUGGCAACCGAGGGGGUGACGUCGACGAUUUGCCCAUCACGUCACUGCCGACUCGUCGUUUGCCCCGUCGGCCUAACUUCGUCAUUGGCAGUUCCAAGGAUAUCAUGCUCUGUCCGGUGAUGAGCAAAAUCUCUUUCCCGCCCGGCAGCCGACCGGCCGCAUCAGGAGCCGACUCGUUUCAACCAGCUCCUCCGCCGCCGCCGUCCGUCCAGUUUUCGACGACCAGCAGCGAAGAUGAGGAGCAUUCUUGCGUCAUCUGCUCCCAAUUCAUCAAGGAGGAGGCCGGUGCCGGCAAACAAGAGCCGCAAAACGCCGAAGUCACGCUGGAAAACGUGUUCAAGGUUCUCCGGCGCUCGACUCAACCGGCCCAUUUGCUCGUCAUGUCGGCCGUCAUAGCCUUGGCUAUGCUAUUUUACCCUCGUAGUAAAUCGAGCUUGGUUGUAAUCCAACCGACGGCCGACUCUACACUGUGGCCGCUUCUCUAUCUCUCCUCAUUCAGCAUCUUGUUCGGCGCUCAAAUGUGGAUGACAUUCGUUUCAGGCCUGGUUCUGCUCUUCAUUCUGCCGCGUCACACGUUCGCCUGCGUCCAGAGCGCUCUCUUCCCAAAGUACAUGAUUCUCAACGGAGUGACUGCCCUGGCCGUCCUCAUUAGCUUCGUCCAGACCAAGAAAUUCUGGUCGUCACAAGAAAAUUACCAGGUUGUGGGCUUGAUUUUCAACUGCUUGUGCCCGCUGAUUGCCCGCAUCAUCGUCGUGCCGAGUUUGCUCGAGCGCAUUCGAGCCAAAGUGAUUCUGGAGCGGGCCGCCGGACACGGGCCGGAAGCCGGGCCGAGGCUGACGUCGACGACGGACGCUCUACUCAAACAGUGCCCCACUUACAGCCGAACGUGCCAACGCUUUCGCCAGCUCCACGCCAUCGUGGCCAUCGUCAACAUCGUCACGCUCGCCUGUAACGCCUUCCACUUGUACUAUCUCGCCUCUAAAAUCUCUUUCCAUCACUAACAACUCGAUAACCAAAUU